UCGGGCAGUUGUCCUCAAGGCCCGGCCGUCUGGGGGGGAGGCGGAUUAAACUCGGCCCGAGCUGAUAUGAUCGUCGCCGAAGCAGGCAAGACGGGGGAGAGAGAGAGGCGGCCUUGCAAAGAGCAAUGGCGACGACUGUGAGCAGAAACCGCAGCUCCUCGGUGCUGUUAUCGGGACACAGCAAGUGGUCAACUAUCAAACAUGAUAAAGCCAAGAACGACAAGGCGAAGAGCAAAGAGCGCCAGCUGCUCAGCAAGGAGAUAGCCAGCGUGACUCAGAUGUGGGGACCGGAUCCCAAGUUCAACCCCCGUCUGACGCUCGCUCUCUCCAACGCAAAGCGAGCCGGAGUCCCUAAGAGUGUGAUCGAGGCAGCGCUGGCGCGAGGGCAAGGGAAAAGUGUAUCAGGGGCGGCCCUGGAGCCUGUCACAAUCGAAGCAAUCUUACCCGCGAGCGUUGCUGUGGUCAUUGAAUGCCAAACCGACCAAAAGGGAAGGGUUCUCCAGGAUGUACGGGCUCUUGUGAAGAAUGCCGGAGGAACCGUCACGCCUACGACGUAUCUGUUCGAGAAGAAAGGCAAGAUCACCUUUGAGAAAAAUGACGGGCUGGAUCUGGACGCCUGUCUCGAGCAGGUAAUCGAAGCAGGCGCAACGGACUUCACGACCGACGGAGACGGUCGCCUCGUCGUCUACACAGAACCGACGGAGACAAAGAGCGUGGGCGAGACCCUCUGUAAAUUGAUGGGUCUCACCGUUGAGGAAUUGGAGAUUUUCUGGGACCCCAACAAGGAUACUAUGGUCACCGUCGAGGACGAGGAGCAGGCCAGAGAGCUCGAAGACGCGUUGAAUGCGAUCUGUGACGACCCGAGCAUCCAGGAUAUCUACAUCAACACCUCAUCUCUCAAUCUCUAACCCGAUAUAUCGAAGCGCGAUGUAUACUACCUGUACAAAAGAUAAAAAUGAGCGUUGGGCUUUACUGGAUGUUCGAUUGGGGGGGUGCAGCUCAUACUGUAUGG